GUCCAGUCUUGUUGGAUCUGUAGUAGAAAUUGUUUAUUAGAAUAUAACCUUUUAUGCAAAAUAACUCGUUUGUAAUUAACUUUACCUAAAAGAUUUCAAGGAUAAAUGUAUCAAGAUUACAGCGACAAAAACGAGAGGGAACAAAAUAAAAGGGUAUAACGUGAUAGACAAAAGCGAAAAUUGCUAUAAAAAAACGAAGAAACAAAAUUAGUUUCUGAACAUUAGGUUUCAACGAUGACUGGGGACGGUACAAAUAGUACCGAACAAGUUAUCCUUGUAACAGGUGGCUAUGAUCAUACUAUUAAAAUAUGGCAACCUCAUACAGGGGUUUGUCAACGUACUGCAGAGCACACAGAUUCGCAAGUUAAUGCUUUAGAUAUUACUCCAGACAAAUACCGGAUAGCUGCUGCUGGAUAUCAACACAUAAGAAUGUAUGAUCUAGUUUCAAACAAUCCAAAUCCAAUUACCAAUUAUGAAGGAGUAUCAAAGAACAUUACAGGCUUGGGUUUUCAGGAAGAGGGUAAAUGGAUGUAUACUGGAGGUGAAGACUGUUCUGCCCGUAUUUGGGAUAUGAGGACGAAUAGUUUCCAAUGUCAAAGGAUAUUUCAAGUAUCAGCUCCUGUAAAUUGUGUAUGUUUACACCCUAAUCAAGCUGAACUUAUUGUGGGUGAUCAAAGCGGCGUAAUACACUUAUGGGAUCUACGGUCGGAUCAUAAUGAACAGCUGAUACCAGACGCUGAAGUAUCCGUGCAAGACAUUGCGAUCGAUCAAGAUGGUACAUAUAUGGCAGCAGUGAGUAACAAAGGCCAUUGUUACAUAUGGACCCUCACUGGUGGUGUCGGUGAGGAACCUACGCGUCUUAAUCCUCGUCGUAAGCUUUCAGCGCAUAAACGUUAUGCGCUUCGAUGCAAAUUUAGUCCUGACUCCACGCUCUUGGUAACCACGUCGGCUGAUCAGACCGCGCGAGUUUGGAAAACUACAGAUUUUUCUGAAAUACAGGUGCUUCAGCAUGAAGCGAAGCGAUGGGUCUGGGAUGCUGCAUUCAGUGCAGAUUCUCAAUAUAUAUUUACUGCCUCUUCCGAUGGCGUAGCAAGACUGUGGAAUGUAUCGACAGGAACUGUGGAACGAGAAUAUCAAGGUCAUCAAAAAGCAGUUACUGCUCUUGCAUUUCGCGAUGAAGUACUUUCCGUUUCCUAGACGAAUUGAUUAGCAAUUAGCAUAAUCUGAGUAAUUGCUGAUGGAGGAAGAAAUGGAUUAUGACCGGGCAAUUCAGUUCCAGAUGGUGGUUGAAGUCUACAUUUACAUCUCUAUAAAUUAAAAUGUACAGAAUGUAAGGUUAAAAAUAAACCACAGAACAAUAAUUAUAAUACAUAA